UGGUUGUUGACAACAACUUUAAGAAAUAUGCAGUAAGCUGUAAGAAUUUAAAGUUUGCAUCUGGCAUCUAGCAUCUUCCCUAGGGGCAUUUCAAAAAAUAUGUUAGGAAUGUGGUUUUUUUUAUUGAGUAAAUGACGUGUAGAGAAAGUAUAUUACAAGUUAUAAAAUCAUAAUUUUCGGUAGUGUUUAGUUACGAUUACUUCAAACAUAUAUCUACAAAUUAAAACGAAAUGCAUCCUAUUAGAAGACGAAAGAAACGACCUAAUCACGGAAUAAAAACAGUAGAAAUUAUACGAGGACCAAACGGAUUUGGUUUCACCAUAUCAGGACAACAACCGUGCAUUUUAUCCUGUAUAGUAGCUAAUUCACCAGCAGAUCAAGCCGGAUUAAGAGCAGGUGAUUUGCUUAUAUCAGUUAAUGGUACUUCAGUUUCGAAGAUUACGCACGAUGCAGUCGCUAGCCUUAUUGGAAAUUACGUAGGCCCUAUUAAAAUGACGAUAGCAGAGAACUAUUUUUCGGAUAGUAGUGACGAAGAAUUGGAAUUUAGCCGACUUGUAAAUAAUAGGAAACCAAAAUAUACGCAUAAACCAAGGGCACGUAAAGAUUUUAAUAGAAUUAAUGUUGAUAAUAAAAAUUUAGCAAAACAAUCAAUUGGUGUUUCUGAUAGGGCUGGGUGUGUGUAUCCAGCUCCGAUUCCAGACAGACAUUUCAAUGUUCCUAUGGAAGACGAAGCAAAUCCUAUCGAAUACAAAGCUCUAGUUGGUUAUUUAGGUACAAUAGAGAUGCCUAAUCCUCUCUUACCAAGUUGUAGAUUACAAACGGUUUGUAGUUGCAUCAGGAAAUUGAGACAAGAGAAACGAGCCCCUACGGCUAUUCUAAUGACGAUCCUACCGACGUGUUUGACUCUAAAAAACGCGGCUAAUCAAAUCCUGGCUAUAUACCCGACUAAUAGAGUUUUGUAUGUAGGAUCGACAGCAGAUAAAGAGUCUCGAUAUUUCGGUUUAGUAACCACCACCUUCAGCAACGAAAAUGGAGAAAAUAGUUGGAAUCAAAAGUAUGUGAACAAUAAUAUGGAGAUAACGAAUAGUUGUCACGUAUUCGUUAUCAAUCCGAAGAUUAUAGAUCACAACGUACAUGCAGCUAGAGCUGCUAAAUUCAAAAUAGAUUGUACGAAGAAUACAGUAAACGGUCAUUGUAUGGAAUUCCCGGGGAGCGCUUUGUAUAUCGUCAGUUUGAUUCAAAAUAUGUACAAAUUGCAGAACGGGGAAAACUUCGGACGUGUAGCUGCUAAUUCUCCCCAACCGAGUGCUUCCAGUAACUCCGAUUCUGGAAUAGGCUUUAGAGACGAUUGCGGUAACGUGAGCGAUCGAAUUUUGGUAGUAGAAUUCCCCCAACAUCGUCAUUUUCUUCCUCAAACCAACGUUAACAGACCCGUCGGUAUAGACGCGUCGAAUUUUUUAUUAGAAGGUUUAGAUACCCCCCAAGAAAACGCUUCGCUCGAUAAAAAAUUAAAUAAUUUAAACAACAUAAGGGCAUGCGAUUCCAAACCAAUUUUCGUAUCGAACAACAUAAAAUCGAAACGAAUUUCCGUUAGUUCGGAAGAUAAUACGCAAAAAAUCGAUACGGAAACGUACCGAGAGAGGGCGGUAGAUUGUCCGGAGAGUCCGAAAAAAUUAUCUACCAGAGAAUUUUCGACAAAUUUGGAUCACAAAAACGGUUCAUCUGACGAUAUAUCGAUGCACAGUUCGAAAAGCAACGAACUCUCGAAUCUAUUGAGCAUCUUCAAAGCUCCGUUCGAACAUAAAAAAAUAAAAAAACAUCUGAAAAUCAACAGCUGCGAUAAUCUCGAUAAAUGCAAUAAAAAUCUUAUCGAUAAUAAAUUGAGUCCGAAAGUUUACGGAUUCAAAUUGAAUUACAGCUGCGAGGAAUUGAAUAAUUUUGAUAAAGGGGUUAAUUUCGACGGGGAGGAAAAAUUGGGGUACGGAAGUUUGCAGGAUUUGAGUUACCGCGAAAGGAAAAUUGUCACGCAAAAUCGAUCCAACGAAAGGAAUAAAGAAAACGAUGAAGAAUCGUGCGAUGAUCAAAACUUUGUUAAAUGUAGUUAUCCCGAAGGACCUUCCGUUUGGGCGGGUUCUUUCGAAAAGUUACUGGAGGAUCCUUUGGGACUACAUAUGUUUGCGGAAUUUUUGAAGAAAGAAUUCAGCGCGGAAAACAUUUAUUUUUGGACGGCCUGCGAAAGAUAUAAAGACUUACCGACUGAUAACGAAAGAAGAAACGAAGCCCAACGUAUCUAUCUUCAUCAUCUAAAUUCCGGUUCUACGGAGGCCGUAAACGUCGACGCUCAAGCUAGACAGAGCGUCGAAAAAAAUAUAAACGCGGCUAACGUCGAUUUGUUCCUACAGGCACAAAAACAAAUUUUCAAUCUCAUGAAAUUCGAUAGUUAUCCCAGAUUUUUACGAUCCGAUAUCUAUAGGAAAUGUUUGACUAAUGGAGAAGAUAAACUUCCGUUAGAUAUUAGAUUACUAUUACAACCAUUAUCGUCGCCGACCAAAUUGAAAAAGUCCGUUAGUAACGCUGAAGAUAGAAGAAGAAAAUCUCUUUUACCCUGGCACAGGAAAAAUCGUUCGAAAUCUAAAGAUCGUGGUGAAAGCGAUUAUAAUAGGAAAUUAAAUGAUAUAAUAUCGGGUGAUUUGAAGAAUUUGGAUCGAUGCGAUCAAACCGACGUGCAUUCCAGCGGAUCGUCUUUAACAUCUUUGGAUCUUGCCGUUUCUUCGCAGGAUCUAAUACGUCAUACACAAACUAGUCAAGAUGAAUUAUCUUCGAACGGAGCUAGGACUGCGCUGUGUCGAGUUGUUCUUUUAAGUAUCGGAAGCACCACAGUUGUACAAAUCAAACAAUCAGAAACGAUACAAGAACUAGUAAAGAGAUUAUUAGAAAAGAGAGGAUUACAGUAUUCAUCUUUUGAAGUAUACAAAGAUAAAAGUUCAAAGUGUUUAAAUAUAGAGGAUUCUUCAGAAACGUUGGCUGGCUGUGAGGUAUCAGUAGAACAACGAGUCGUCUUCAAACUCGAUUUACCCAAUAGAAAAAUGAUCAGCAUAAGAUCUAAAUAUACAAAAAUAAUUAUAGACGUUUUGAGACCGAGUCUACAUAAAUAUCAAUUCAAUUUGGAUCAAAUGGUUGUUCUAAAUGGUAACACCCUCGUAGAUUUACAUCAACCUGUUACUUCUAUAGACGGAAUGAAAUUGAAAGUAUUGUAUAAAGAAGAUUUCAUUCAAGACAAUGCCAAUUCAGUUACCAAAAGUAACAGCGGUAAUAAAUUAAAGUUGGAAGAGAUCACUAAUAAGGUGUUUGAGGGGAUUUUACAAGAAAAAUCCGAAUCUGUAACUAACAAUCCAAUAAAAUCUGACAGGGGAUCAGUUAAGAGUGAAGAUUGGGGUUCGGAACAUUCAUCAACAUUCAUAGGAAAAUUUCUUAGGAGAGAUUCCGGCAUUCACGAAAGGAAAAAGAAAAUAACGAGUAGAUAUAAAGCGGGGAUAGAAGAGACGACAAUGUCCGAUCAUAUGAAAAAGCCUUUAAUAGCUAAGUUGAAAUGCGGCGCCAACAAAUUCAACGUAUCCCGCAGUGAAAGUGAUGAACUGGUCGAGGGACUGACUAGAGCGCAACGGAGGAUAGAGGACCAAAGGGGGACCGAGAUCAACUUCGAAUUACCGGAUUUUCUCAAAGAUAAAGAGAAUGAACACGUUGAAAAACAAACGAGGAGAGGUGAAUUGGAAUGUAAUGCGAAAUUUUAUUUGGGAGACACUUCUGUACCUGGUAAUUCGGAAAAAUUACCGUUAAUUUCCUCGGCGAAAAAUAUGAAAUUGGAGCUGCAAUCGAAUUAUGAAAAUAGGAACGUUUUCGUUUCAAAUAAGUAUCAAGACUCGAGACCCGCUCCCGUUCCCGUUUCACAAUCGUCUAUGAAAAGUACAAAUAUGUCCAAGGAUGUAACUGAGCCGCCGCCUUUACCGCCUAAACCAAAAGUAGUUCCGAUAAAACCCCCUAAUUGGGGGAACGGGUUUUAUAAAAGUAAAGACAUUUCUAGAACAGAUAGAAAACAAGCGAUGUUUCUAGAACAAGCUUCUAGCAGCUUUGUAUAACAAGGUGAUGUACGCAGUUGACAUUGUAACCAUUUUUUUAACUGUAAAUUUUAAUAUUUAUUGAUACAUUAUUGUAUUAGAAAAGUAUUAUAUUUAAUAUUUAAAUAUAUCAUAUAAGUGUAUAUUUGUUAAUAGUUAUUUAUUUUUAAUAGCUAUAAAUAAAGAAUUUAUAU